AUGAGGCCCCUGCAACUGCUCCUUCCACUCCUAGCAUGGGUAUCGGUUGGAUUCGCACAAGACGCUGAAUUGUCUUCCGCGAUUGAACAUCUUCCCAAGUGCGCGCUACCGUGCCUUCGCACCGCAAUAGCACAGUCACCCUGCGACGUGAAGAACACGACAUGCAUCUGCACCAACGAGCAGCUACAAAGCGACGUCCAAACUUGCAUGUUGAAAUCCUGCCGCCUGAGAGAAAGCUUGACCGCAAAAAACCGUACCUCAACAGCAUGCCACGCCCCGAUACGUUACAAGGGAGAAACUGCCCGCAUUUCCAACCUAAUACUCUCCGUCGUGACGGCUGUGUGUGCUCUUUCGCGAGUCCUAUAUAAGGCGGUCUUCUCCAUUGGCGAACUCGGAUGGGACGACUACACAGUCCUGGCGACAUUGAUCACCGGCGUCCCUUCCGUAAUAAUCAUCGAUAGAGGUUUGGUUCCGAACGGACUUGGACGGGACGUUUGGACCGUGCCUUUCGACAGCAUCACCAACUUUGUCCGCUGGCUAUAUGCCCUCGAGGUCCUCUACUUCCUCCAAAUUGCACUGCUAAAACUCACACUACUCUUCUUCUUCCUACGGAUCUUCCCGAAACGGCUCACUAGGCGUCUCCUUUGGGGGACAGUCAUCCUCAACGUUCUCUGCGGAGCUGCCUUCGUCCUUGCGGCAAUCUUCCAAUGUCAACCCAUUUCCUUUUACUGGACGUCGUGGGACAGGGAAAGGCCAGGGAAAUGCAUCAACAUCAACGGCUUGGCCUGGAGUAACGCCAUUAUCAGCAUUGUACUGGACAUCUGGAUCCUUGUCCUCCCGCUCUACGAGAUUUUCCACCUACAAUUGUCGUGGCGCAAGAAAAUCAGCGUCGCCCUGAUGUUCGGAGUUGGUACCUUUGUCACUGUCGUCUCCAUCCUCCGCCUCCGAUCCCUGGUGCACUUUGCCACGUCGACAAACGCGACCUGGGACCAAACCGACGUCGUAAACUGGAGCAACAUUGAGGUCAACGUCGGAAUCAUCUGCGCCUGUAUGCCGGCGCUUCGCGUUAUACUCGUACGCUGCUUCCCCAGGGUAUUCGGCACAACCAAAGGAACCAGUCAGCCAUAUCACGCAUACGGCAGCCGCAGUCAAGGCAUGAAGAGAGGAGGGAGUGCGGUGGCGAGCGGAUUGGGAAGGAGCGCGAACACGAGCGGAAGGGAUCCGAAUACCAUCACGUACACGAAGACGUUUGAAGUCCAGCAUACGGAUAACGAUGAGACGUCGCUUGUGCAGAUGGAUGAGUUUGGGCCAAAGAAGCCAAAGAUGCAAAGCAGCAGUACGAGUAUAUCUAGUCUAUAGAUUUUCAAAUGUUAGGAAUUUUCUGAAGUCGGGGCUUCAGCCAGAAA